AUGCGUAUCGCCCAACGUCUCCUUAUGGCCACGCCGGCCUCAAUCGGCUCCAAAUCCAGCCUCAGCGAAGCGCUUGCUCUCCUCCCGCCGCUCCAGCUCUACCGCCGCAUCCUGCGCGUCCACCGCAAACUUGACCCGGAGAUGCGCGUGCUCGGCGACUCGUACGUGAAGAAGGAAUUUCGGGCGCACAAGACCGCAGAGAACCCAUUGCAUAUUAUCGGAUUCUUGACUGAAUGGCAGCUUUACGCGCAGAAGAUGGAGGGCGAUCAAUGGGCUGGAGAGAAACUGGAUAAGUCUAAGCUGGAUAAGAUGAGUGAUCAACAAAUUGGUCAACUCUUUGAGCUCAUGCAGGCUAUUCGCAAUGAGGGCGAAGAGGGCGAGGGCGAAGAGGGCGAGGGCGAAGGCGAGGGUCAGAAACAAUGA